CCGUGCUAGCUAAUCCUCUUUGCUUUUGUGAUCCUGAAGAGUCUGGAGUCCUCAGGGCUGCUUGAUAAGCAGAAGAAAAGAUAAUGCAACACAAUGACUGGCAAAACAAACUCAUGCUGCUCUAUCUCGGUGUUACCAUGGACUUUAUUAAGAACACUUGACUCUGUGAUGUCCACUAAGAACAAUGUGAUGCCCAUUGAGAUGUUUACUUUGUUAUAAGAAGCUCUAACCGACGCUAUGAGUGCUGACACCGCCAACAGAGUGGAUCUGGACUCAGAUUACCAUGCUGAACUGGCUGACAUGGUCGCAGCCAUGAAUGUGGCUGCCAACAGACAGACUCCACCACAUGGCUGUAGGACCACACCGCAUCGCCUCAAUCACUCUGAUCGCAAGAUGUCAUUGCAGGAGCGAUCAAGUUACCAGAAUUGCUCCAACCCAAGGAUAGCCAGGAGACCCACUAUUGAAUCCAAGCAAGUGUCUAUCUCUGAAGGUGGUGACUGUGUCCAGCUCAACCAAUAUAAAUUAAAGAAUGAGAUAGGGAAGGGUUCAUAUGGGGUGGUCAAAUUAGCAUAUAAUGAAGAUGAUGACCAGUAUUAUGCUAUGAAGUUGGUAUCCAAAAAGAAGUUAAUGAAGCAGUUUGGAUUUGCAAGACGACCCCCUCCCAACGUAUCCAGUGGAUCACAAGGAAAUCUAUCAAAGCCUUUUGUCCUGUUGAACCGAAUAUAUCAAGAAAUUGCUAUCUUGAAGAAACUUGACCAUCUUAAUGUUGUUAAAUUAGUUGAGGUUCUUGAUGACCCAGCUGAGGAUAACUUGCAUAUGGUCUUUGAGUUGGUACCCAAAGGUCCCGUGAUGGAGGUCCCAACAAACAAUCCCUUAACCGAGGAGAUGGCCCGUUUUUACUUCAGAGAUAUACUCUUAGGAAUUGAAUACUUACACUAUCAGAAAAUCAUACAUAGAGACAUCAAACCCUCAAAUCUGUUGCUGGGGGAUGAUGGGCACAUCAAGAUAGCGGAUUUUGGUGUCAGUAAUGAGUUCGAAGGGAAUGACGCUCUCCUGUCUAACAGCGCAGGAACACCGGCCUUCACGGCACCUGAAACUCUCUCUGACCAAGAGCAGGGAUUCAGUGGAAAGGCUCUAGACGUAUGGGCAAUGGGAGUGACGUUGUUCUGUUUCGUCUUUGGAAAGUGUCCGUUUCAUGAUGAAUACAUCUUAGGAUUGCAUGAUAAAAUCAGGACUAUGCUGGUGGAGUUCCCGAACAAGCCAGGGAUCAGUGAGGGGCUGAAGCAACUCAUCACCAGAAUGCUGGAUAAACUCCCUGAAACUAGAAUCACCAUUCCAGAAAUAAAGUUGCACCCAUGGGUAACGCUUGAUGGCACUGAUCCAUUGCCCCUGGAAGAGGAGCACUGUACAGUGGUGGAGGUCACAGAAGAGGAGGUGCAGAACUCUGUGAAACUAGUUCCCAGCCUGUCUGCUGUGAUCCUGGUGAAAUCCAUGUUGCGGAAGCGUUCCUUCAGUAACCCGUUUGAGUGCCCAAGUCGCAGGAAGGGCAGGUCUAUGUCUGCUCCUGGAGGUCUGAUAUUGGAUAUGUCAAUGUUUCGCCCUCUAAGCAGAGGGAGUAAUAAUAACGGGAGCAGAGAGGGAGAACUGGAGAACCUUAUUGAGGAUGAAAGUUUCACCUGAGUUUGCAAAUGCUUGAGAAAAAAGGGCCCGAUUUGAAUGUCCCAUCUGCAGUGGAUUAUUUUGGAAAUUGUCAUAUUGUUUUACCUUUUAAAUGCUAUGACAUAAUGUAAGGAAAUCCUUUAAGGAACCUUUGAAUUAUCAUGCACUCAAAGAAAAUAACUCAGUAGCUGAACUUGAUUUAAUCAUGUUUAACGUGUUUGAAAUGCGUUUUCUUGAAUUGAAACAACCGUGUAAUCUGAAUUUAAAUACUUCAAGUAGGAAAGGAAGUGGGAAACGUAAUUGAAUUGAGUAAAAUCUACUAAAUUAGACAAUGUUAAAUUAACUCAAAUUAAUUUCUUAUUCUAGAUAGUACAGUAAUUGCUAGCAUGCUAAAUGGGAAACACUAUGCUAUGGUUAGCAUAGCAAUUGCUACUUGAGUAAAGCAAUAAAGCACUCAACACAUCCAGGGGUGCAUGAAGGUGCCUCCUGUCCCAAGGGCUCAAGCCAGUUGCCCUAUGUGGGGUGAGAGGGGUGGGAAACUGUUAUAUAUGAUCACGCGCAUAACAGACAGCUUUCACUGUUGCACAUGUCUCAUUGUUUUUAUUAGCAUCUCCAGUAUAAGGCGUUUAGAUGCACUCCUCCCAUAAAUGUUGAUGGGGGAGAAUAGGGUAGCAGAUUCCACGAUUAGGACCCACCUAAUGCAAAUGGAUUGAGUAAAGCUAGAAAGCUUUAAAACAACUUUCCUUCUUCAGCAGAACCAAAGUGAAGUCAAGUGUUAUUUGUAUAGUGCUUUUCACAACAGGUGUUGUUUCAAAGCAGCUGUACAUGAAAUUAUGCUAUAACAGAAAAUGUAUGAAUAUAAGGCCAAUAUUAGUUUUUCAUGUUUAAAAGUAUUAGUGGUUAAAACUAAGUAAGUGUUGUGGGGCGAUGGUUAAACAAAAUGAUUUUGUAUGUACUAUACGUUUUGGUGUUAAAGUCCUUGAAGUCAUCCCAAAUUAACUGAGGAAAUACACAUGGAUGCAUUGUCAUUUGAUUUUGGCUGAUGAAGGCUUUUGUUGGAGGUUCAUACAUUUUUUUGUGUAGUUAAUUUUUUAAAGGUGCAAUAUGUAAAGAUUUUCAUGUAAUAUUCUUCCUUUUUUUGCCAAUAUGUGAACGGCUUGUAACACAACUUAAAACAUUAGCCCUUCCCGGAAUUCCUAGGUUGCCUAUUAAAGCCUGUUGACUGAUUUUCAUGCGAAAAGAGAGCCUUGCCUCAGUGCUUCCUCUAUUCAACAGCGUCAACAAACUGCCAAACUAGGUAACGUUAUCUUAGAGAUGGAAUCCAGCAAACGUCCGGCUCCCAGCACAACACCAACUCCUACACAAACUCAGAGUAAGCCAAAAAAAAAAUACAAAAUAAAUGUAUCUGAAUCUCAUCUGGCUAAGCAGGAACGUGAUCGUGAUCGAGCAAAAAAUAAAGUGAACAUCGGCAGGGCAUUUGAUUCCUGGAGUGUCCUUCAUUCGGUUUUGGGGAUCAAAACUGACCCUGAAUUGCCGUUCUUCUUAUUGGACAGGUAAACUUACAUAACUGCGAAGCAUGUGAAAUAUAUAUAUAUAUAUAUAUAAAGCAUUUAAGUGCCAAAUGUAAAGUGUCACGGUAAAAGCAUGAAUUUAAGAUGAGUAUUCAACAACUUUAAGAGACUUUGAAUUUAAAUGCAUAAAACCAAGUUUGUUUUAGAUAUGACAAACAGCAUGAAUUUGUAUGAGAUGUAUAAAAGUAGGGACCCACUGUAUAUUAGGUGGCCUUAACUACAAUGUACUUAAACAUUUGAUAAAAUGUAGUUAUUAUGCAUGUAUAUGUUGUUGCAUUGAAAUUGAAUUUAAUGUACUUGCAUUUAAUUAUAUUUGUAGUUACACUAUUAACUACACCCCUAACACAACCCUAACCCCAAAACCUAACUCUAACCCCUAAUCCUAACCCUAACAUUACCCUUACUCCUAAACCUACCAAUACGUAAACCUCAGUAGAAGAAAAUGUGGGCAUUUUGCAGAACAUGAAGUUACAGAGUAAAUACAUAGUUUUGUAUGUUUAAUGUUAGUACACGGUAGUUAAGGCCACCUAAUACAAAGUGUGAACAAAAGUAAAUUUGUUGUAUAAAAAAAUCUAAUUGGGAUUUUGCUGUUGUACAUCUUACUUGGUCCUCUGGAUCACAGAAUGGUCUGUAUUUUGUGUAGCUGGAGCCUCUGAAUACUUUGUUGUUUUGAACCAAUCUGUAACUUUGUCAGUCUUUCCUUAACCAAACAACACCAGUAGGAAAGGACUAUACAUUUUUUGGUGAAAGUGUUUCUUAGAGAAAAAUGAAAUCUUUAAAUUAAAGGAAAAGUUUAGGCAUAAUUAUUUCUGAGAGAAGCAUCCUCAAGGCCUUGGUUUGAACCAGCACUUCAGUAUAUGCAUCCCACCCAUGUAUUAUGCAUAGCUCAAUAUGUUUGUAUGUUUGUGUUUGACAGCCAGAAGUGUCUCAAGAAAUUUCAGUGUGAAAGUGAAUCCUAUUCUAGAUUUGUCCUGAUUCUCGUUGCAUUAGCUUUUUAAAAU